GACUCAAUGCCACAUGAAGUGCCUAUUGAAGAGAGCAGAAUUGCGAACAUCGAACUUGACAUUCAACAUAUCAAAGAAAAAUUUAAAUGGACCGAUUUCUUGCUCAGUCGUUUCCAGAGUGAACUGGCACAGUUGAGAGGCGAUAUUGAUAUGGGUACUUCUUAUAAGUCAAUGGAUGACUCAGAGGAUGGAGGGAGUGGUGAACGAGGCGAAGUACUUUAUGCAAUCGGUAAUGACUUUAGGAAAUCUAUGCACUGA